CCGAAACCCUCGAGGUUCUCAGACUUUCAAAGCUAUCAUAUUCAGCAAACACCAUUGCAAUACCAUCUCAAAAUGACAGUCCACGAAGUCAAGAACCUCUCCGAGUUCAGGGAUACCCUUGAAAAGAACACAGUCGUCCUUGUAGACUUCUGGGCCCCAUGGUGCGGACCAUGCCGAUUCAUCAGCCCCGUCGUAGAGAAGUUGUCGGAAGCAACUGAAUCGAUCUACUUUGUCAAGGUCAACGUUGACGAGGCUGAGGAUAUUUCUCAAGAGUACGGCAUCCGAGCGAUGCCUACCUUCAUGCUCUUCAAGGAUGGCGAGAAGGCUGAUGAGGUUGUGGGAGCAGACCCUUCUAAGUUAGAGAAGCUUGUGCAACAGUACAAGAGCUAGAUGCCAUUCGGAAUCAGUGUUUUGUCUAUGUUAGACAGGGAAUAUGGUUCGGCACAUCAU